CUUUAAUUAAGUUGAUCAUAACUGUAACUCAGCUGGGAUUUGCUGUCCGACUAGACAGGCCACUGUAAUUCAUGUAGUUAAAUCGUAAGUGGGUUUGCUCACCGCAGCCCUAAUCUCUCGCUACUAUUAAACGUGGAGCGACUAUACCGGAGAGCUCUCCACAUCGAGACCGGUCCUGCACGAUCCUAUAUUUUCGCUGCCUUUGUGCUGCAUCUGAUUCCAGUGUUUAGAAAAACUAAUUGCGGGAAAGUUUGAAGAUAGUUUAAAGAGCUUUUCCAAAACUUUAAACUUGCAUUUUCACGAUUUUUUAGCGUCCGUUCUGUUACGCGUCGGAUAUGUGGUGGAUGCUGUUUCCCCGAUGGAUUUGGUUUCUUCUUGGACAUUGUUAUACCAUACUCCUUUAUAUGGACAGCUGCCGUGUGAGAGCAAUGCCCAUGCCCAUGUCUGUGGGAAAAGUGGUUUACUCUCACGCAGGUCUUUGCCCGAAUGACCUGAACCCCAACCUGUGGGUGGAUGCUAUGAGCACCUGCAUGCGCGAGUGUGAAUCUGACCAGGACUGUGAGACAUUUGAGAAGUGCUGCCCUAAUGUAUGUGGUAACAAGAGCUGCGUGGCAUCACGCUAUAUAGACAUCAAGGGCAACAAGGGCCCCAUAGGAAUGCCAGAGGGCGCCACCUGCGACAAGUUCAUGUGCUCUCAGCAAGGGUCCGAGUGCGACAUCUGGGAUGGCCAGCCUGUUUGUAAGUGCCGGGAUCGCUGUGAGAGAGAACCCCACUUCACGUGUGCGUCUGAUGGCAUGACAUACUAUAACAAGUGCUACAUGGAUGCAGAGGCCUGUUCCAAGGGUAUCUCUAUCUCAGAGGUCACCUGCAGGUACCACCUGACCUGGCCAAACACCAGCCCAAACCCAGCAGAGACCACCUUACAUCCCACCACUGCCCUCCAGACCACCAUCCCAGCUGACAUCCAGCUCCCCACCAUACACAGCGGCCCCACCAAACAGGCUGUUUUUGUGGGUGAGACAGCGAGCUUCCUGUGUGAGGUCUCUGGGAAGCCACAUCCGUUAAUCACCUGGGAGAAACAACUGAAGGGAAAAGAGAACACCAUAAUGAAACCUAAUCAUGUCCGAGGGAACGUUGUGGUCACUAACAUUGGCCAGCUGGUCAUAUACAACGCGCAACUUCAGGAUGCUGGCAUCUAUACGUGUACAGCCAAAAAUGUGGGGGGAAGCGUAUCGUCACACUUUCCCUUGGUAGUGAUCAGGAAGGAGGCGAAAGGUCAGAAAGCAGCAGGGAAUAGUACCAACCUGCCAUUUCCAGCGGAAGAGUGUCUUAAGAGACCAGACACAGACGACUGUGGAGAAGAGAGCAUGAGCUGGUACUAUGAACCAAAGAGGAACAAUUGCUUCACCUUCACCUACAGUCAGUGCAAUAAAAACCGUAACCAUUUUGACGCCUAUGAAGUGUGCAUACUGUCAUGCGGAGCAGAGCUUUCAGCUCCCUGCAGCCUACCAAGCCUCCAAGGGCCUUGCAAGGCCUAUGAGCCCCGCUGGGCUUAUAACAGCGACCUCAAAAAUUGCCAGUCCUUCGUGUACGGAGGCUGCGGUGGCAACGAGAACAACUUUGAGUCUAAAGAGGCCUGUGAAGAGAUGUGUCCCUUUCCGAAGAACCACAACUGCAAGAUUUGUAAACCCCGAGCCAAGAUGGUCACCAGCUUCUGCAAGAGUGACUUUGUGAUCCUCGGGCGUGUGACUGAGCUGACAGAAGAGCAAGAGUCAGGCCACGCUUUGGUGACAGUGGUGGAGAUCUUGAAGGAUGAGAAGAUGGGUCUGAGGUUCUUUGGCAAAGAGCCCCUGGAGGUGACUCUCCUGAACAUGGACUGGAACUGCCCCUGCCCCAAUAUCACUACAGCCGACGGGCAGCUCAUCAUCAUGGGGGAUGUUCAAAACGGGAUGGCCGUCCUGCAGCCUGACAGCUUUGUAGGCUCCACCAGCACUCGUAGAAUCAAGAAACUUCGUGAGGUUAUCCACAAGAAAACUUGUGAUUUCAUUAAAGAUUUCACUGCUGUUCAGUAGAGUCUUUUAAGUCUCACACUCACUGAAAGCCAGUUGUGUUUUCUGAUUAUUCUAAGCUCCAGUGACCUCACCAGUCUGAUCAACUGCCAGUAAAUAUAAAACUUAUCUGUAAUGUUGGAGGUUUUGUUGCCUGUUUAAGAUGUUUUCUUUCCUUACUUUGUUACCUUUUGCUCAAUAGAUGAAUCACUCCUUGUAGUUUUUGCUUUUGUCACUGAUAAUUUUUGCCAGUUUUCAUUCAUGAUUUCCUAACAGAUGCUCUUUUUUAAAAUUAGAAUCAAGUUUAGACAGUUUUGAUGUCCGCACCUAGGGCACACUGUCUGGGAAAGGCAGGUAGAAGAGUAUUAGUCAUAAGCAUUUACCCUGUACAAAGUAUUUAAUCUUUGCAACCGUUAACUUAAACGGCAUUAUAGAUUUGCUCUCCAAAGUUAUCUUGAAUACACUAAUAUCAUUCAUUUAUGGGUAUGUUUUUAAUAUGACUGGUACGUUUGCUUUAUGUUUUUGUGGGUUAUCCCAAAAUGGACAUUGAGUAACAUCUGUCCGGAGCACUUGAGCUCACACUAAUGCAAUGCGAAGCCUCAGUUUAUUUACCAGAAUCAAAUAAGCUUUUUGGUUCCAUGUUUUGUGGAAUCAAUUUUUUCUAAGUUUUCAUUUACAAUACAGAAUAUGUAUAUGGACUUCUGUACCUAUUUAUUUUUCUUGAUCUAUUUCUUAUAG